CUUUGGUAAAAGUCUCAUUUAGGUUUAGAUUUCUAAACUUUUCUUAAGGAAGUAAGUGUUCUUUGCUCUUCUUUCUUCUGAAUUGCAGAAAUCAGAUAAAAAUUACUUGAUAAAAUGACUUAUCAUGUUGUUGAAGAUCCCAUUAAAAAGGUUGCUAUCUUUGGAGGAACUCACGGGAAUGAGCUAACAGGAGUAUUUCUGGUUAAGCACUGGCUAGAGAAUGGCGCUGAGAUUCAGAGAACAGGACUGGAGGUAAAACCAUUUAUCACCAACCCAAGAGCAGUGAAGAAGUGUACCAGAUAUAUUGACUGUGACCUGAAUCGAGUUUUUGACCAUGGAAAUCUUGGCAAAAAACUGUCAGAGGAUUUGCCAUAUGAAGUGAGAAGGGCUCAAGAAAUAAAUCAUUUAUUUGGUCCAAAAGACAGUGAAGAUUCCUAUGACAUCAUUUUUGACCUUCACAAUACUACUUCUAACAUGGGAUGCACUCUUAUUCUUGAAGAUUCCAGGAAUGACUUUUUAAUUCAGAUGUUUCAUUACAUUAAGACUUCUUUGGCUCCGUUACCCUGCUAUAUUUAUCUUAUUGAGCAUCCUUCCCUUAAAUAUGCAACCACUCGUUCUAUAGCCAAGUAUCCUGUUGGUAUAGAAGUUGGUCCCCAGCCUCAAGGGGUUCUGAGAGCUGAUAUUUUGGAUCAAAUGAGAAAAAUGAUUAAAUAUGCUCUUGAUUUUAUACAUAAUUUCAAUGAAGGGAAAGAAUUUCCCCCUUGUGCUAUUGAAGUCUAUAAAAUAAUGGAGAAAGUUGAUUAUCCCAGGAAUGAAAAUGGAGAAAUUGCUGCUAUUAUCCACCCUAAUCUGCAGGAUCAAGACUGGAAACCACUGCGCCCUGAGGAUCCUGUGUUUUUAACUCUUGAUGGAAAGACAAUUCCAUUAGGUGGAGACUGUACUGUGUACCCGACGUUUGUAAAUGAGGCCGCAUAUUAUGAAAAGAAAGAAGCUUUUGCCAAGACAACUAUACUAACACUCAAGGCAAAAAGUAUUCGCUCCUCUUUACAUUAGACAUCACUUCUGGUUCACUUGUUAGGCGAUAUCUUGAAAAGCUCCACUAGUCUGUAAGCCCCCAAAGGACAGGGUUGCGCUGGAUUUAAUGUGCCUUAUUCAUAUCCCCAGCACCUGCUUCGGGGCCUUGCACACAGUGGGCAUUUGGGCAAAUUCUUGAAUUAAUUAAUUAAUUAAUGGAUAUCUUUUAAAGGUAGCAUAUUGUGUACAUAGCUUAUUCAAAGAGGUGUAUUUCUUAUUUCUGUAAAGCUUUUUAUACAUUAUACUUUGAUUGUUUAACAUUCUUAAUAAAGUUUUUAAAUUCAAAUUUUUAAGUUGAAAUAGAUACUAUAUACAAAAACUUAUUAACUUGAGCAUAAAAUUAAAUAUAUUUUCAAGCAAUGUAUAAUGCUACUAGAAACCAAUGAUGCAGACUUAGUUUUUAAAUUUUCCAUAUUUGGACGAAUGAUAAUCCAGCCUAUGAACUUUAGUUGUGAUAUCAAUAAGAGAUUUUUAAAUGCUCUUUUGAAGAUUACAUGUGAAUGAGAAAUGAGGGCUGAUUGU